UUCGCAACUCUCCUCACCGUCCUCGCCCUGGCCCAGUCCGCACUCGCCGGCGUGUACGUGACUGCCCCCGUCACCGGCGCCAGUGUCAUUGGUGGUCAGACCCUCACGGUCCGAUGGGCUGACGAUGGCAACUCCCCGUCCGUCUCGGCCGUCGGCCCAUGCUCGGUCGACGUCUACGUCGGAUCCAAGACCUCGCAAUUCAAGGUCCAGAACCUCGCCGCCUCGGUCGACGUCUCCAAGACCAGCUCUCUGGUUGCCACCAUCGACCCCUCGAUUGGUACUACCGGCACAUGGUACUUUGUCCGAUUCACCUCGCUCGGUCUCAAGGACUCGGCCAUGCCCCAGUACAACUACCAGGCCUACUCUGCCCGGUUUACCCUCAACGGCAUGACCGGUACCUUCAACCAGACUGUCCAG